AUGGUCACGUUACAUCCAUUUCCAGCAGCGUAUUGUCAAGGAAUUCUCAGAGAUUAUUUCGAUUGUUUCACUUUGUUUUGUCACAAGUCAACAUACUACACAUUCUAUGUUGUUAUAGGUCUUCUGGUCUAUGUACCAACACCAAGUUUUAUGUUUUUAACUAUAAGUGAUUUAGAAGAAAUGGAAGAGUUCGUGAAAAGGAAGUACCCAAAUAAUUUGAAAGUUCUCGAGUAUCCAGGUGUUUAUAUUCUCACUGAUUCGGGAAACACCACUGUCAUGAACUUUAUUAUGAUUUGUUCAGUGAUUGGUAUCUUCAUGGUAAGUGAGCUCUCACAAAUCAAUCCGGUCAGUGAAUUGGUGACUACUGAAGAUAUUCCAGUGAAUGCAGUAAGAAUGGCUACAAAAGUAGCAGUUUCCGAAAGAGGCGCCCAUCGGACAGUCAUGAGACCAAUCGCCGCAAAGUCGGCCGACUUUGGACACUGGUUUCUCGUCAGUGUUGGUCCAUUCAGCUGGUUUGUCAGUGAAGAUACAGUAGGAGAGCAAGUUGGUGAUUUGCAUGAGUCCUCCAAAGACAAGAUAGACUCCAAUCCAUUGGGUUCGGACGGAUUCAGUGGUGACGAAGAGGGCGACCAUGGCUGGGGCAGAGAAGAGGGCAACACAUUUGGUCCAUUGGAUGGCGGCGAUGACAACGUGAGCGUAUUGACUGAAAAGAAAAACAAUUGA